GACAGUUAAGCUCAAACGUGUCAGAAAAUUUUGUUUUCGUUUCGCACUACAUCAGAACAGUAUCCUCUUAGAAAUUAAAUUGUGCUGUAAAAGUUGAGAAUAAAUCCGUAAACUAUUGUGCACGAUGGCAGCCGCACCUGCUCCGAUGCGUCCGUGGAAUCCGGCAUUCCAGCACGCUGACCGGGAACGGUGGGUCUGCAUCUAUCCGGCGUACAUCAACAAGAAGAAAACUCGCCAGGAGGGUCGCCGUAUCGCGAAGGACCAGUGCGUCGAUAAUCCGUCCUUCCAGGAGAUCCGGGACGUGAUGCAUUCGCUGAACCUGAACGUCAUCGUCGAGAAUAAGCAGUACUCGCGGGAGAAGAGCAAGGAACUGGCUUAUCGCGGCCGGAUUCGUGUUCAGCUGCGAAACAACGACGGUAGUCCUAUCCUGAAGGACUACCCAAGCCGUGACAGUUUAUUGUUCUUUUUGGGUAAGAUGAUUCCGCAGCUGAAAACUCGUCAGGGUAAACCGGCCGAACCACAAGCGCAGGCUGGCAGUUCCGGUGGAGGUGGCGGAGGUGGAGGACAGUCGCACAAGAAAGGUAAGGGAAAGCGACGGUAGGGCGGUUCAGUUGUUUGUUUCGAUGUGCUUUGGGUAUUUAAAAUAUGUGCAAAUGCAGUUCGGUUUUCUUGGA